UGAAUGCCAUUAGACUCACCAAACCCACCAAUCGCCUUCUCAUUCAUAAAUAGGUUCUUUGAAUGCCAAUAGACUCACCAAACCCACCAAAACAUGAAUAACUCUUGUUCAGUGUUCCUCUUAGUUCUUUCUCUUUCUUUUUGUGUUUCAUUUGGAGCAUUGUCUUCCAUUUUCGAUGUUACUUCAACUUCCGAAGAUUUCAUAACCUGUCUCCAAUCCAACUCCAACAAUGUCACCACCAUCUCUCAACUCGUUUUCACCCCGGUCAACACUUCUUACAUACCCGUUUGGCAAGCUGCAGCCGACCCUAUUCGGUUCAACAAAUCCUACAUUUAUAAACCAUCGGUCAUCGUUACUCCCACCAACGAAACCCAGAUCCAAACCGCUCUUUUAUGCGCCAAGAAACAUGGAUACGAGUUCAGGAUCCGGGACGGUGGGCAUGACUUCGAGGGCAUCUCAUACACCGCGAACGCUCCGUUUGUCAUGCUUGAUCUCGUCAACAUGAGGGCUAUAGAGAUCAACGUUGAAAACCGGACCGCGCUGGUCCAGGGUGGCGCUUUGCUUGGUGAGCUCUACUACACUAUUUCUCAGUUAACCGACACCUUGUAUUUUCCAGCUGGUAUUUGGGCUGGAGUCGGUGUUAGCGGGUUCUUGAGCGGUGGUGGGUAUGGAAACCUGUUGAGGAAAUACGGGCUUGGUGCCGAUAAUGUUUUGGAUAUUCGUUUCAUGGAUGUUAAUGGAAACAUUCUUGAUAGGAAAUCGAUGGGUGAAGAUUUGUUUUGGGCGCUUCGUGGCGGUGGUGCUUCCAGUUUCGGAAUUGUUCUCCAGUGGAAGCUGAAUUUGGUUCCGGUGCCUGAAAGAGUUACUCUUUUCAUGGUGAGUUAUACUCUCGAGCAAGGUGCGACGGACAUUUUCCAUAAAUAUCAAUACGUGUUACCGAAAUUUGAUCGUGAUUUACUCAUCAGAGUUCAGCUUAACACCGAGUAUAUAGGCAACACCACUCAGAAAACCGUACGAAUAUUGUUUCACGGUAUUUAUCAAGGCAAUAUUGACACACUGCUUCCAUUGUUGAACCAAAGUUUCCCAGAGCUCAAUGUGACACGAGAAGUCUGCCAAGAAGUACGAAUGGUCCAAACCACCCUUGAGUUUGGAGGCUUUAACAUCUCUACCCCAACAUCGGUUCUAGCAAACCGGUCAGCAAUCCCCAAGCUGAGCUUCAAAGGAAAAUCAGACUAUGUCCGAACUCCAAUUCCCAAAAGCGGGCUAAGAAAGCUCUGGAGAAAGAUGUUUGAAAACGACAACUCACAGACUCUCUUCAUGUACACAUUUGGUGGGAAGAUGGAGGAGUACUCAGAUACAGCAAUUCCGUAUCCCCAUAGAGCUGGGGUGUUGUACCAAGUGUUCAAGAGGGUGGACUUCGUGGAUCAGCCUUCGGACAAGACCUUGAUAUCACUCAGACGGUUGGCUUGGCUCCGAAGCUUUGAUAAGACUUUGGAACCAUACGUGACGAGUAACCCGAGGGAGGCGUAUAUGAACUACAAUGAUCUUGAUUUGGGUUUUGAUAGUGCUACAUAUGAAGAAGCAAGUGAAUGGGGAGAAAGGUAUUGGAAAAGGGAGAACUUUAAGAAGUUGAUCCGAAUCAAGGCUAAAGUUGAUCCGGAGAAUUUCUUUAGACACCCACAAAGUAUACCGGUUUUCUCAAGACCUCUCUCAGAUAUGUGAAGCUAGGAGUCAAGAGUCAAUUUCUUUUGUGUUUUGUUUUUCUCUUGAAUAAAUUGGCAAUAACUAGGAGUCAAAGAGUAAAUUUCUUUUGUGUUUGUAGCCUUAUAUUAUAAUAAUCUAAACUUUUUUAUUUUAUGGCAA